UAGUCACUGUUUGAAAAACAAUACAAUUUAGCUAAGCUUGAGGGUGUAUGUAAACUGAUCUAACGUGGAAAUAAAGCAAGAAUUGACAGUAAGCAAGCGACAAAGCCUGCCACUGUCGAUGAACAGCUAGACUACACCAGGGAGAGAAGUACUAAAAAUAAGCUGAAACAUCCGGAGUUGGGCUUUAGCCUUUAUUUUGCACGGUAGCCUGCAGUCAACGGACCAACUUUGAAAAAUGUUCAAAUGUUUGCACUAUGGAUUUUAAGAAGACCAAGUAUGGAAGAUUCAUGAACAGUAGAGUUCCUCCGACCAAGAGGUACCAGCCUACAGAAUACGAGCAUGCUGCCAACUGUGCCACCCAUGGGCUUUGGAUAAUUCCAAGCAUCCUGGGUGGGACGCUGCUGUUCUUCCAGUCUGAUGACCACUGGAAGGCCCUGACUGCCUGGAUGUAUGGCAGUGGGCUGUCAGGCCUCUUCAUCAUGUCCACCAUGUUCCACACCGUCUCCUGGAAGAAGAGCCAUCUCAGGACUGUGGAGCAGCGCUUUCACAUGUGCGACCGGAUUGCCAUCUACUUCUUCAUUGCUGCUUCCUAUGCCCCCUGGCUGAAUCUGAGGGAGCUGGGGCCGUGGGCCGUCCACAUGCGCUGGGUGGUCUGGAUGAUGGCCUGUAUUGGCUCAGCUUAUGUCUUCUUUUUUCAUGAGAGGUAUAAAAUUCUGGAGCUGCUCUGCUACAUAACCAUGGGUGUUGUUCCUGCAUUGGUCUUGUUGUCCAUGGCAAAUCGGGAUGGCGUUCUAGAGCUGUCCGUGGGUGGCGCGUUCUACUGCCUGGGCGUCUUCUUCUUCAAGAGUGACGGCCUCAUCCCAUUCGCCCACGCCAUCUGGCACGUCUUUGUGGCCAUAGGAGCGGGCAUCCACUACUACGCCAUCUAUGCCUACCUGUACUCCUCCGGCAAUGGCUACAUCAAGACAUCCAGGUGAUGCCCUCUCCGGCUCUCAGGCAGACCAACCAGAGAGCUGUGGUGCUGCUGUCUGAGACAACUGGGCUUUCUGGCACAGAAUUGCACAUAGUGCUUUAGCUGGGUUUUACUGACUGACUGUUGCACAACGAUGCUCUUAUCAGAAAAUCUCUGAUCAACUUAAAGUAGCCUUAAAAUCACUCAGAUAAUUAACUUGGGAGGGAUAUAAAACCUGUGGACCAUUGAUUAUGACUGACAUUCUUCUUUCUUUAUGUGCUCCGAGAAUCAGUUUGCUGGUAGAACUUGAGGAAUCGCUGUACUUGCAGACACAAUCAUUUGUGCAGACAUGCAGGAGUAAUGACUUUGAAACGUUUAUCUGUACUGUAAAUCUGCUGCACUCCAGGGGAGUGUCUGGUUUGAAUGUGUUAUUAGAAUAGUUUUUAAAUUAUUAAGAGCCAUAUCAGAAGUUGUUUGGUGAGAUAGUAUUGCUUUUGUGUAGGACAUAGACAAACUUGUUAAAUCACGUUUACAAAGCCGUUGUUGCCACCAAGGAACAAUCAUGUCACAUGUUACCUUGAGGUCAUACAAAAUGGUGGAAAUGACAUCAAUGUGGAAUGUUCUCUUUUAUCGUGCAAACAAGUUUAAUUCUUAACCUGGCUAUUGCACCAAGGUUGUAGGAGGACGUAGUAGCGUACACCCCAUAGGCAGGAGGUUCUCACAGGCUGGCUUGUCAUUGUUUGAAGAUUUCCCAAGAUCAGGAAUAAAUGAAAAUACUAUAUAUGUUAGUCAGACUGACUUGAAUGGGGACUUCAUUGUAAAGUCACUGGCAAUAUGGACAGGGCCAGGCAUUUCAGGUUAAUUUCCUCUAAGAAUGCAUUAAUCAGUCAUCCAUGACACCAGUAUUAACUCUCAACCUGGGAGUAGGGCCUAUUUAUAAUAACUGGUUUAUUGGCCCACCCAUGGUAACUCAGAGAAAGUGGUACAACAACUGUCUCUCUCUAACGGUUUAAUUCUUUGGGCAAAUUUAUGUCAAAAUGCUCUAGAGAGUUGGUAUGACCAUGUACUGUAAGUGACUGAAGCUACUCUGUGGAAUGCCUCAGUGGUUAUGUCACUGAUGGUCAUCUUCUACACCCUCUCCUCCCCUCCCCUCCCCUCCUGCUGUGCUGUAUAGGACAUUAGCCAUCACUACAGUGUUUCAUAAGCGUGCUGGUCUUGAUGUGUGACCAGCGUCAUUCAGUUGCUUGAGCUGGCCAUGGCUUGUGCCAAUCUAGCACCCUAUAUGAGGAGUCACUAUUUCAAUGAUGAUGAUUAUGAUGCUGUGUAGUCUGUGUGUGGCUUAAGUACAGAAUAGAAUUGUGAAUCUACUUUUAGACCAGUAAAAAAAAAGCCUCCUUAUUUUUGUGGCGAAGAAUACCUCCAUGUCAGCCUCUGAAAAACACGCUUUAUUCAGUGGCAUAGUCGGCAUUACUUAGUAAUCUAUUAUUUCAUCUUCUGAAUAUACUGCCAAGUACUGAUGCUCAGGUAAAAAAAACGUAACAUUUGUUUGAUGAUCUGUGACUGUACAAUGUUUUUUUUCAUAGGUUUUAAAACAAAUACAAGGCACAUUGAUUUGUAAACAUACAGCAGAUUUGUAGACUGCUAAAUUAAAGCAGGACAAGACAAUUUUCUUCUGAUUUAAGCUGGAUGUAAAUCAGUACAAAAGAAGCCUAUCUUGUGAUGUGUUGUCACGUUGCUGCUCUUUCCUAACAUUCCAAUACACAAUGGUAUAGAAGAGUUCUGUUGUUCUCUUUUGUGUAAGAAGACAUGUAUGCACAUAUAUGCACUAAAGAGCGAUAGGACUGCUUGUGUCUAUCAACAGAAUAGAAUUCUGUUUCUAGAGCAUUCUAGAAUUCUAGAACCUCUCGCUCAAUCACAUGAUUAUACGAUGUUUCCUUCUGAAAUAAAAUGUGUGUUGAAAAUUGCACUGUAUGUAACUUUUUAGACAACAUGAAAAUAAACAUGAUUUUGUAAAAGAAAAAAAA